AUGAAGAGCCUGAGGUUCCUCGCUGCUGAGGGCUUCGCUCAGAGUGGCCCGAGCGCCAGGGAGAACCUUAGCUGUGAGUCGUACAACCUCUACCCGCUCCUCUUCAAGGCCUGCUACCUGCAUGAGAAGGCCCUCCUCCUCCACGACCUGGUCCAAAUCUGGACGUGCGAAGGCUGGGUUCGGAUGAAGACGACCUGCUGGCAACCAUUGGGGAUCUGCUGAGCCGGCUGACUGAGCUGACAGAGCUCUACAUGGGCUUCUCCACCCUCACCGGACACCUGCGAAGACUGCUAAGGUGAGGGGCUCACCUCUGUGUAGGGGGAGAGUGUGUGUGUGCAUGUGUAUGUGUGUGCAUAGGUAUUAGGUAUUGAUGUCUACUGUAUAUAUAGCUCUGGGGAUGUCAAUUCAAGCUGAUGCAUUCCCACUGUGUAAUAUCAUAGCAUGGGGGCUGCAGUUUGCAGUACUCAGUUUGUACUCAGUUGCAUUUAGUUUUUGUUGCUUGGCUGUGGGGGAGAAUGUAGACAGCUGACUGCUGCUAAAUCUGCAGGUCGGCCAGAAACCAGGGGACACUUAACGGCUGAUAUUGUCCGCUUCCAAAUCGCACCCUAUUCCCUAUAUAGUGCACUACCUUUGACCAGAAAACUUUUGGACUCUGGUAGAAAGUAGUGCACUUUAAAGGGAAUAGGGUGUCAUUUACGGCUGACAUUGAUAUAGCCGUCAUGACUCAAAACAACAAGCUGACACCUGCACUGUCCAUUAAUUUGGUAUGCAUUGUAAACCUUUCAUAUUUGCUUUGUUUUUUGUCAAGCAUGUGUGAAAUGAGGCGCACACCCACAAACACAUUGCAAGCAUGCACACGCACAAGUGAUAAUAUAGCAAAAUAGUGAAAAAUGACUACAAUACAUUUGUGAACCUCUGCCUUGUCCACAGCCCCCUGACCACCCCACUGCAAUGCCUGGAGCUGGCCAACUGUAACCUGAACCGUGUGGACAUGGCCUACCUGGCCAACAGCCUGCACAGCGAGAACCUGGUCAGUCUGGACAUAAGUGGUCACAACGUGUGCGGCCUCUUCCCCACCACCUUCAUCAAGCUCCUCCAGCGCUGCGCCGCCACCCUCCACAGCCUCACCCUGGAGGACUGUGACCUGGAAGACGAACACAUGGACAUCCUGACCCAGGCCCUGGCUCCCUGUCGUGGCCUGGAGGAGCUGAAGAUACUGGGCAACCCUCUGACCGCCACGGCCCAGCAGCCAAACUCAUGGCUGCUGGGUUCCCAGCCAUGAGGUACGUGGAGCUGCCAGUGCCUCGGGACUGCUACCCUGAGGACGUCACCUACCCCCUGGAUGAGACAGUGCUGCUGCAGUACGACAGGGAGAUGUUCCAGGUGGUCAGAGGUCAACUGAUGGGGAUCCUUCAGGGGGUGGGGAGGGGGAACGUGGAGGUAGUCACCCCCCUGUUGGGCGCUUAUGACGCAGAUAUCAAUGAGACCAGUAAUGAGCUGGGGGUGUCCAUGGUGAAAUCCUUCAACAGCAUCAUUGGAAACUUUAUUGAUACCAUUAAGAUCGUGGACAACAGGAGAUCCAACAAAGAGGUAGAUUAA